GCUCACUCUGCUCCCCCGGGUCGGAGGCCCCCGGAGCUGCCGUGCGGAGCCGAGCGCAGAGCCCCUCGCCCGCGCAAUCCUCCCCGCGCCUGGCAUCCCGUCUCUCCUGCAGCCCCGCCGCUCUCCUCCCGGCCCCGGAGCCUCACCGAGCGCAGAGAGCGGGCCCGGGAGAAGCUCGGGCCCCGGCCGCCUCGUGCUUCUCCUGCUCGGCUCGGCUCCCUCCGCCCCCCGGGGGUCGCGCGCCCACGAUGCCGCAGGGCCCCGGCUCGCUGCUGCUGCUAGUCCUCGCCUCGCACUGCUGCUUGGGUUCGGCGCGCGGGCUCUUCUUCGGCCAGCCCGACUUCUCCUACAAGCGCAGCAACUGCAAGCCCAUCCCGGCCAACCUGCAGCUUUGCCACGGCAUAGAGUACCAGAACAUGCGGCUGCCCAACCUGCUGGGCCACGAGACCAUGAAGGAGGUGCUGGAGCAGGCGGGCGCCUGGAUCCCUCUGGUCAUGAAGCAGUGCCACCCGGACACCAAGAAGUUCCUGUGCUCGCUCUUCGCCCCUGUCUGCCUCGAUGACCUGGACGAAACCAUCCAGCCGUGCCAUUCGCUCUGCGUGCAGGUGAAGGACCGCUGCGCUCCGGUUAUGUCCGCGUUCGGCUUCCCCUGGCCCGACAUGCUGGAGUGCGACCGUUUCCCCCAGGACAACGACCUCUGCAUCCCCCUCGCUAGCAGCGACCACCUCCUGCCGGCCACGGAGGAAGCUCCAAAGGUAUGUGAAGCCUGCAAAAACAAAAACGAGGAUGACAACGACAUAAUGGAAACUCUUUGUAAAAAUGAUUUUGCACUGAAAAUCAAAGUGAAAGAGAUUACCUACAUCAACAGAGACACCAAAAUCAUCCUGGAGACCAAGAGCAAGACCAUUUACAAGCUGAACGGCGUGUCCGAGCGGGACCUGAAGAAGUCAGUGCUGUGGCUCAAAGACAGCCUGCAGUGCACCUGCGAGGAGAUGAACGAUAUCAACGCGCCCUAUCUGGUCAUGGGACAGAAGCUGGGCGGGGAGCUGGUGAUCACCUCGGUGAAGCGGUGGCAGAAGGGGCAGAGAGAGUUCAAGCGCAUCUCUCGUAGCAUCCGCAAGCUGCAGUGCUAGUCCUGGUGCCCCGCCUGCUCCUGGGGCCAGCUCGGGGCUCAGCGACCCCCCUUCCACGUCCGCUCUGGGAUCCAAGCACAGUCCCUUGCAGCCCCGGCCCCAGCCCCGAGCAGCUUCUCUGGCCUUUUGCACGUUUGCACCCCCACCCCCACCCCCCCAGCAUUUCCUGAGUUAUAAGGCCCUAGGAGGCCUCAGGAAUGGAUAGCUGUUUUCACGUAAAGGAAAAACCCAUCCAAGUCUCGUAGAACUCUUCCAACUAAUAAAACCACGGCUAUGUGUAUGGAGUUUUAAAAUAGCUCACUUCAACGCUAAUUUUGAAUAGGUGCAACAGUGACUUGGGUGUGAUGUUUGGGGUUGUUUGGUUUGGGUCAACCAAUUUUCACGUUCUGCUGAGCUUGCCGUUAUGUGCAAAAGAGCUUCACUUUUCAGCGUGGCCCAAACUUUGGUGGGUCUAAAACCCGGUUGAGAUAAAGCUGGCUGUUAUCUCAACGAUCUCGCUCAGCUCCAGCCUGACACUCAGCGCCUAAGUCAUCUUACCUCCCUGAUGGGAACUUAACAGCUGUAGCAUGUCUUGCAUUUUGCGUUUCCAGGUAGAGUCCUUCCAUUUAUAAAAACCACAGUAACCACCGUAGCAUGAGUUCUUCAGAUACAGGGCAAAGCAGACCAACUUUGUGAUUGACCUGAGUACUUUACGCUUUGUUUAAAACAUGUUUUACUUACUUUUGCCACUUAAACCAUUGUAGCUUACCUGUAAUAUACAUAGUAGUUGACCCGGAAAAGUUGUAAAAAUAUUGCUUUAACCAACACUGUAAAUAUUUCAGAUAAACAUUAUAUUCUUGUAUAUAAACUUGACCUCCUGUUUUACCAA